UUACCACAUGUAACGUUGGCUGGGACGACUGGUACCAGAGCUCACGUUACCGCAGUCAGUACCGACCCGAUGCAGCAUUUAGCCUAGCUUAUUAGCUUAGCUCCUUAGCGUCAGCUAGCUGGGAAGCUUCGACAUAGGUGGGCACGUUUCAGUGACCGGUCUGCAUUCGGCCCACCUCUAUGUCCAUAUUUGGAUUAGCCGGGUAAAGGAGGAGUCUAGCCCUGGCAAGAUGGCGAUGGCUGAGUCGCUGCGGAACCACCCACUUUGGGCAUCAAAACCGGCCAGCAGAAACCAAUGGGUGAUGUCACGGACGCUAAGUCCAUGUUUAUAUACAGUCUAUGGUCAAUGUGUGGUGGUUUAAAAUCACAUUGAAGUGGUAUAUGUGUUUUAUUUUGGCUAUUUGGUUGUAAUUUUGUUCGACGGCGUAUCAAUUAUAAGUUCAGUGUUGCUCACCAUAGUUGGAUAACGUUGGCCAGAAAAAGAAAUGCAUAAACGAAAAAUAUUACAUUACAUUUAAUUAGAAGAUGCUUUUGUCCAAUGCGACUUUAAAUAAGAGCAUUCAACCAUGAAGAUGUGCAAGAAUUAAAAGUACAUAAACAUUUGUCCAAUAUGCAAAAACAGCUUCAAGUGCCCAUUAUAGUUUAUGUUAUUUAUUUUUAGGGACAUUUAUGUAUUUAUGGUGACAAGAUUGAAGCAUAUUGGACAUGGCACAUACUGAGCAAAAAAUAGAUUGUGCACGCUAUGGGAUGAGGGCAGACAAAGGCAGACAAUACAGAGGGGAAAGAAAAGGUAAGGGAGACAUUAGACAUUGUUCUGACAUCAAUAUAUUUUGGCUCCUGAAAAAAAUUAAUUUGGCUCAAUGUAAGAUUGGAGUUUUAACUUGUCAAAAAAAACUUCUUAUUGCUCACAAUAAAAGUACCACUAGUCGAAAUGACGUUGUUGAUAUCUGUUGUUGUUGUAUGUUAAUUUACAUUUUUUAAAUUAAGUCAAACUUGGCUAGCAAAUGUUAAAACGGCAUCGGCCUGCUAAAUGUGUCGCUGCAGGUAUGGAUGUUUCCAUACCUGGAAAACAUGGAGGCAUGCAAGUUGUCACUCCCAGCCCGGGCAGCGGGAGUGUAUUUUGACUAGGGGGUGUGGUGGUCUUGAAAUAAAGGGGACAUAUUAUGCUAAAACCACUUUUUGAGCCUUUUUGCGCAUAUUUUGGGUAUGUGGGGUGCCUGCCCACAAAAUGUGAAAAAGAAACACAAAGUCGUUCUUUAGUGGAUUGGCUUAACUCUUCAGACGGGCUCUGAAUGAGCCAGUGACAACCUGGGCGUCCUGUUACGAAACAUGAAGCUGCUCCUGGGGUAACCACGCCCCCAACCUGACAGUCUCCACCCCUGGACUCGGAGACACCGGAGCACAGAGACGCCAUUGUUUCCUCUCUGCAAGCGACGGACGGAGCGCUAGCAAAAUGCAGAAAAGAGUUAGUAACGUUUGCGGUGUUCUAGGAUGUACUGACCAACAUAGGUCUGUACAUCAACUCCCAGCCUCAAGGGACACAAGAGCUAAGUGGACUUACUUCAUAUAUUGUGCCAAACACUUUUCGUGGGACUGUUUUUCCAACCUGGGUCAGUACAACGCUGGACUGGCCGAAAGACUUCUUUUGAAAGAUGGUGCCACUCCUACCAUCCGUGGCGAAGCUACAUAGGUGAGUAAAUACUUUUUUAAGACCAUGCGUGCCCUCUAUGUGUGUGUGUGUGUGUGUGUUCGUGUGUGUUCGUUUAGUCGCGGUAGUCGCUAACACUCAGGUAAACUAUACAUGUGUUGUUAAUAUGGCCGGCUUUAUUGGGCUUUAGCGGGGGCGACGCUGGCUUUGGCCACCAGGAUUUGCUUCACGUCCUUGUAUGCGUUGAGUUUUUGAAAAGUAAGAUGUAAAGUCCGCAUGUUCGCUUUGCUCCCUGUGUCUGUGACUUGUUCGUUUAGUCGCGGUAGCAUAAGUUAGCCCUGUCCUCUGAUGUAAACACUACGUGUGUCAUUGAAGUUACAGGCUUUAGUUACUUGCCGUCGCCAGAGAAGCCACAGUAACGUUGACACUAUGAGUGUUGGUUAAAUGGCUGUAAGAUUAACCUUAGACAAAGCAUUUAUUUUAUCAGCACUCUUCAGGAACUUAUUUUCUGGAUAGCCUGCCAAUAGCACCACAGCUAAUGUAGUUAGCUACCUAUGUGAGCUGUCAGUCAAAGUCCAGAGGCUCCGCCCCCAAAGUGUCAAAAACUUUCUCCGCGAGCAUACAAACCGCUCCACGAGCAGCGGAGCUGCCUCUCGCGCGAGUGUAAGAUGUGCACCAUGAGCGCAGAAAUAACCCUCGAGCAGCGCCCGAUGGUUAAUAUAUGCGCGUGUGAAAUCACAUACAUCGCUCGUGAGUCAUUUCUUUGUGUGCUGUAUAUAUGACCCAAUUCUGGCUCCAUACUCUCCUCCAGCGGGCUGCGCUUCGUCAGACAUGAACAUGUAUGAUCACUACUGUCGCUGUGUGUGUGCAGCCCGGUCGGGUUGUUAUUUGUAUCGUGACCGGGUGAAGAAGGCGAGGGCUUGGCGGAACGUGAACGAUGAGGUUGGAUACUAGCUUUAGCCCCAGUUAGCACAAUCACUUUUUGUAGCUUUGCCAUCGGCACUCCAGUCUGCCUUUCUUUCAUUCAACAACUUUCUUACUGAUGCGCUUACAUGAAUAUCAUCAUUUGUGUUACAUCAGUCUAAGCAUUUAUUUUUGUCAUGACAUUUGCUUUAUUUUACUCAUGUUGUUGGCAACGAUUAUUGUCUGUCAGAUGUAUACAGUGUUUUAUUUCUUUCUGAGAUAUUUGAAACUAACAAAUGCAUAAUUAUUAUCGUUUUUGGUGUUUAGACAAGGAAAUCUGGACAGACAUCAUGUGGCCUGCCAGACAGAACCCCCCCCUAGACCAACACAGUUGGUACACAGCUCUCCAUCACAACUCUCCAACCCCACUUCAGAAGUAAAGGAACGCAGAAGACAAUAUCCUGUGCCAGUGUCGGCACCUCAACUGUUGCCUUCUCCACGUCAAAACCAUUUAUGACAUCAACACCGGUGAAGAGGCCACGCUUGGAAUUGGAGGAGGAAGAGGACAAUCCUUUAGAGGGCAGCUCAUCCAUGAAGAUUCCUGAUUCACAGGACUCUACGUAUGACCCUGAAAACUCUUUCACAGCUUUGACUGUAUCAGCAGAUGUAACAAUUGAAUCUACCGACCCAGUUCAUAAGACGUCAACUUACAAUGUCUAUGAAAGCUGCCUACUCGAGUUGUUUCGGAUAUAUCGGUGGGUUUCAGAAGUACGUACGAGUAGAGUGGGCAAAUUCGUCACCAUAGAACAGAAGUGUCUGGAAUGUAUGUACCGAAAGAAGUGGAAUAGCCAGCCUCUUCUUGGAAACAGUCCUGCUGGCAACCUCCAACUUUCUGCUGCCGUGUAUGCCACUGGGGCAUCCUUCUUUAAACUUGAAAAGAUCUUCCGGGCAAUGCGUCUAAAGAUGUUUCAAUAUGACACCUUCAGAAGACAUGCCCGGAAUUACAUAGAACCUGCGAUCGUGCACAAAUGGAAGAAAGCACAGGAUGGAAUAUUGGAGCAGCUUAGUGAGCAGCAGAAUGUCAUCCUCGGUGGUGACCUCAGGGCUGACUCACCAGGUCAUUCUGCCAAGUUUGGGACGUACUCCAUGAUGGACCUGAAGAGCAACACCAUCAUUGAUCUGCAGCUGGUUCAAAUCAAUGAAGUUGGUGAAAGUUAUCAUAUGGAGAAGGAGGGUCUGAAGAGAAACCUUGCUCUCUUGGAGGCGCGUGGUGUGACUAUGGACAGCAUUGUCACAUACCGUCACCCUCGAUCCAGAAAUUCCUGAAGGAGUCCAACAUCACCCACUACUAUGAUGUGUGGCACAUGGAGAAAGUACUACCAAAGAAACUUAUUGAGAUCUCCCAGAACAAGGACUGUGAGAAACUGAAGAAGUGGCUUCGCAGUAUAAAAAAAUCACCUCUACUGGACAGCAGCCUCAUCUUCAUCAGGGCCAGAGAAAGUUGACCUCCCUCCUCAAUCAUGUGCAGGACAUCAACAAACAUGGAGACCCUGUAUUCCCCCAGUGUUUACAUCCACAACACACUUCAAGGGACAGGAGCAAAUGGUUGACAGCAAGUGCAUUAACAACUUUCCCCAUAAAUUCUAAGGCAUGUAGUUUCUUUAUUACUUUUUUGUAAAGACUUAUUCAUUAUUUGUUUUUUUUCCAGUAACCCCUGCCUUCUGCAAACUGGAAAAGGCGAUCACAAAUAAGAGGAUUCUGAAAGAUGUAGAAAAGCUGAGUCCACACUAUCAGACCUUAUCUUUGGAGUCAUUUCACAGUGUUAUUCUGCGCUUUACACCUAAGCAUGCGGUCUUCCCCUUUUUGGAAUGUAAUGCAGUCUCUACUUGGCAGCCCUGCACUUCAACGAGAAUGCUGGGCGUCCCCAAGCAAGAACAUCAGCUGGUGAACCGCAAUACAGGAUAUACUUCCCAAAGGCCAAGAAGGGAGAAGUCACAGCAAAACCAGUGAAAACUGCAGCAACCUUCCGUAAAUUUUAAAAACCUUUAUUGAAUAAUUUGAUAAAUUAAAUAUACAAUGUGCAAACAGCCAUUAAACAUUGAGUGAAAAAGAAAUAAUAAUAAUAAAAAAGUAGCUGUUCUCUUUAAAAACAUCUUUAUAAUGAA